GAUGAACCAUCCUCAUCACUAAUGAAAGGUGAACACCAAUCAGAGGGUGCGGCUUAAUUGCUCUGAGCUGCAGAUGAGAACUUCCUGUACUUCUGUAAAAUUAGAUUUGCUUGUCUGACACCAAAUAGGCAGGGGGAAAGUUACCUGAACGAUUCUCUAGCACUCUGCCUCCACAACGUACACCGACAGGACACCACAGGUUGCAGGCUUAACUCAUUCUCAACAUUUUCGCUGUGAUUUGCACUGAAACCUCCAACGACUGACUUAUUUAAAGAACGCAAGAGUAUUUCCUUGUUGCGAGGAUAAAGAUGUGUAUAGUUGGUUUGUCAUCCUGAGGUCGAAUUGCAUUGGAAUUCCUAAGGUUAGUUCUAAGGUAAUAACAGUUCAGAAGAUCACAGAGAUUUGUUUGGUGACCUGUCCAUUGGGCGUUCCUAAGGGGGUGAAGUAUGGUAGUCAGAGCCAACAAGAUCCAACAUCUUAUAGGUUUCGUCCUGCUUUGUAUUGCAUUAUACUGCAAUGUUGCGAGUUCUGGAAAUGGAGAUAAUACAACAAUGUCCUAUGACAAUAUGACAAUGGAUAACAUGACAUCGACUGAAUCUUAUGAAAAUAUGACAGUAUGGAACAGAACUACGGACAAAAUGGAACUACCUGUAAAUUUUUCCUGUCAGACCUUCAAUUGCACAGGCUCCAUGUGUUACGAAAACCAGGAUGACUGGAUGGAAUGUCCCUGGACUCACAUGUACUGUGAGUUUUACAGUGUCUCCAACUCCUCGUACUGGGCAGGUUGCAGUAACAGCUGUGCUGGCACGGAAAACAUCUGCAUGGAUUCCACAUACAACAUGUGCACAAUGGAGUGUUGUAACGGAACUCUGUGCCUGAUGCUAAAUGGCACAAUUCAAGAAAUACCUGUUGAUUAUGAUAUGGAAAUGACUGAACCUUGGACUGAAAUGACUGACACCACUAUGGAACCAACAACAACACCAACACCAACACCAACACCACCACCAACAACUGCUCCAACAACAAGAGGCAGUGACAACAAGUGCAAUGUGAUCAACUGUGGUGGAGAUACUUGCUACCAAUCCCAAACUUCACAAAUUGAAUACUGUGCUGCCGAUGAGCUGUACUGCAAGCUGGAAAAGGAGACAAGCUCCAACCAAUGGACUGGUGGCUGCGACGCCGACUGCAUCGACAUUACAUCUGGCUGUUCAUCCAACAGCAAUGACCAAACGUGUAUCCAGGAGUGUUGCACGGCAAAUACUGAGUCCUCCUGCCUGACAUUAGAUGGACAGGAAUAUUUAGUGGGAUCCGCAACCAUGACACAGUCUAUGAAGAUGAUUGUGUAUGCAAUUGUUAUCUUUGCCUUGGCUAAUCAUUUUGCACCCUUUCAUUUUUAAAAGUUGUAGCCAGGAAUUCACACCAGACUUUAUAUAUUCAAGGCAUAAUUCAGACAUCAGCAUAAAACUGCAUAAGCCUUUUUAUGUCAGUAUUCGAAAUGAGCAGAUAUUUCUGUGAAACUUUAUUACCCUUGAUAUAAUUAAAACACCAGAUUCGUCCACCCACAAGUAGAUUUUAGUAUAGAAUAUCUGUUUCAAUUCUGAGUUGAGGUAAUAGUUCUCUUUGUUUCUCUGACGGACUCUGGCUCCCUCUCUCUCUCCCCCUCUUUUUCUCUCUCUCUCACUCAUUCUCCCACUCUAUGAGCACCAACGCUAAUAAGAUCAAGGGUUUCAAGUACAAUUACUGGGAAGAGAACUGGAAAAUAAAAAAUAAAAAUGUUGAAAGAAUCACAAAUGCUUUACUGUACUUCUGUAGACACCACAGGAAUUCUAUAAUGUUAAAUGUUGCAAUCUUAAAAUAUAUGGGGCCAAUAUUUAUAUUGGCUUUAACGAGGUACAUUAAAAAAUAUCCACGCAAACAUUCUAGUUGUAAAAGAAAACAACUAUUUUUUUUAAUCAAUAUUUCUGAUUUAACAAGAAGUUGUACAGUGGGUGUUACAAAAUGGGUGAGAAAAUUAACACUGUCUCCUUACCAAUCUUAAAAUAUACAAUCAACCACAGGCCAAAUCUAGCAGAGAAACCAGUGUUUAUUCGUUGAUAUUUGACAUUGAAAUGGAUAUCAAUGGCUUGAAAUUUAAAGUAUGGAUUGCAGAUAGAGAGAUUUGAAACAUUACCUUUUCCUCAAAUUUUCUUCUCUAUAGCCUUGUGUUAUGGAACGCACGAAGAACCAUACAGAAAAAGGCUUAUGCAGUAUAUAUAUAUAUAAUGGAUCUAAAUAUUCAUUUAAAUAUUCAUAAAAAUGUCAUUGUAACGUCAAGUGAUACAUGUAUAAGGGCCUGUUCAGUGCUGUAAGAUUGCAAUGUUGAAAUAAUGCUAGCUCUUUGUUAAUAACUAUAUGUUUCUGGAUUAAAAGACGAUGGGCCUAAGAAAGAUUCAAGUUCUGCUGCAUCUUACGUCCAUUAUGAAAUGGAGGAGGUGCGGAGGUAUAACAGUUUGACAGAGUUAACAUCAAGGUGUUCAAAAGGCGUCCUCACAGCAUUCAGAAACCAGUAAUGGUUAUUCUCUGCCCAAAUAUCCCUCUCGCAGAUAAUGAUAAACCAGAGGCAAAUUCUGGUCUUUACAGUUCUUUGCAACAGGCUAUUCAGCACACACACAUUGGAAAAACUUGCAUAUAUAUUAUCACCUUCAUCAAUAUUGAAAUAAAUGUUUGUGCGAGAUGAAGUUCACUUUUUUACUUCGGACCCAACCCAUUUCCUUUGAUCUGGGGUUCCUCUAUAUGUACCAGGGAACAAUUUCUACUCUGCAGCAUUUACAGCUAACUCUCCUUAUCCACAAGUAUAUUCAAUGAAUUGGCAUUAUUUUUUACGUUCAUUCUGUGCCGUCUCAGUUCUGAACAGGUUCUUUCCAAAUGAUCCGAGCAAAUUUGAAUGUAACUCUGAAUGACUGUUGCUGCCGUUGCAUCUCCAGCCAGCAAUGCCCGAUUCAGAUUCUGGCAAGGUCUGGUCACCCUGCUCGUUUGUGAAUACGCAGUUUAAACCCUUGUCUUGUGAUGUUUGCUUCAACCAUAAAAUGUACGUUUAACUGGCCUGUAAUAAAAUUUAAACAGAAUUAUAUUUGUAUAAUGCUAAGGUAAUGUAUAGAAUAUGAAUAAAGCAUAUACGAGAAAUAAUAUUCUUCACGGAACAGAAAUCUGUCUUUUUCUCCUUAAACAAUGACAUUGGAUUUUCAUGAGCAGUGUGAUUUCAUGAUUUUGUUUCAGAUUGGUAAUGAAUAAGAGUUGUAGACUUUUUGCCUUUGUUGAAGGGGUGAUUUAGUCUCUCAUAGAAUUAACUGAAAGCAGAUUUGCUAUUAGCAUUGCAAGAUUGCAACUAUUUUACUCCUUCCAUAAGGUGAGGCUCGGGACCAAUUAAGUACAUUUGACAAUAGCAGUGGCUUCAAGGCUUUAAAACAGCCUUUCCCAAGCGUUUCCCAAGUGUUUUUAAAAGUCAUUCUCAUGAAGCCUGCUCAUUCAGGACUCGGCUACUUUGUCAUUUUGACUGUGUCAAGUUUGUAAUAAAAAUAAACAUAUUGACCAUGUACCAGCUGAGCUGAUGCUUUGACGCAUUCCAUUUUAAUUAAGAGGCAAUGGAUAAUAACACUAAUGCAACUUUUAAUUUUACAUAAUUAAUUAAUUAAUCUCCUAACCUAUGUCCAAGAUAUCUCACAUGCCCAUCAUCUCUUUAAUGACUUCUGCUUUCCGAGCCCCAACUCCCUGAUCUUUACUCUGGAUGUUCAGUCACUCAACACCUCAAUCCCCCACCAUGAAGGCCUUAAAGCUUUAUCAUCAACCCCGCCGACAAGGGAGGUGCCGUGGUAGUCUGGCGAGCUGCCCUCUACCGCACUGAGGCCAGGCACCUCCUCCUACCUAUCCUUGGACCAUGAUCCCACAGUUUAGCACCAGGCCAUAAUCUCACAGACCAUUUCUGAUUUCAUCACUUCUGACUGUCUGCCUUCCACAGCCUCCAACCUUAUUGUUUCCCAGCCCCGCACAGCUGGUUGUACCUUCUCCCCAAAAUCCUUAAACACAACUGCCCUGGCAGACACAUUGUUUCUGCCUUCUCUCGUCCCACUGAAAUGAUUUCCACGUACCUCGACUCCAUCCUCUCCCCCUGGUGCAAUCACUCCCAACCUAUGUCCAAGAUAUCUCACAUACACUUCAUCUCUUUCAUGACCUGCUUUCCGAGCCACCACUCCCUCAUCUUUACUAUAGAUCUGCACCAACUCCCACCAGGAAGGCCAUAAAGUCCUCCGUUUCUUCCUCGAUCGCAGAACCAUCCAAUUUCCCUCUACUAACACUCUAAUCUGCCUAGCUGUGCUGGUCCUCAUCCUUAAUAACUUCUCCUUCGACUCUCCCACUUCCUCCGUCCAGGGCAUAGCUAUGGGCACCCACAUUGGCCCCAGCUAUGCCUGCCUCUUUGUAGGGUACGUUGAACAAUUCCUGUUCCAGGUGUACAAUGGCCCUAUCCCCAAACAUUAUCUCCGUUGCAUUGACGACUGCAUUGGUGCCAGCUCCUGCACCCAUUCAGAACUCAUGGACUUUGAUGAGUUCACCACCAAUUUCCAUCCUGCACUCAAAUUUACUUGGCUCAUCUCUGACACCACCCUCACCUUUCUUGUUCUCAUUCCCCAUCACAGGGAAAUUUGCUGAACACCUUCACUCGGUCCGCCUGAACCUACCUGAUCUUCCAGUUGCUAAACACUUUUUCACCCAACAAACAGCUAACAAUGGCCUGUUUCCUUUAUCAUCCUUACUUUUUUGCAUAUCUUUCAUUCAUUCUUUAUCCCUCUACAUCAUCAUCCAUAUCUCUCAUUUCACUUAUCACUAACCAGUCUGAAGAAGUCAAAACGCCACCCAUUCAUACUCUCCAGAGAUGCUGCCUGUCUCGCUGAGUUACUCCAGCGUUUUGUGUCUAUCUUCGGUUUAAUCCAGCACCUGCAAUUCCUUUCUGCACUAUAUAAUUUCAUGUUGCAUUACUGUAAAACCACAGCAACAGUGCAUUGGCUUGGUAGUGAGAAGCUACCAAUAUUUUAAAAGCAGAAAAUGUUUGAGCACAGCAAAUGGCUUUAUUGAAUAUAUCUUGAGUCUGCAUUUAAGGUGAAAGGGCCUUCUAAUAUUUUUGAUCAACGUAGAAAAAAACACAUAUUAUCUAGGUAACAUUAAUAUGACUCAUUUUUUCCAUUGUCUUAUCAUGGAUAUUUUUGAAUUAGUUCUAAUAAAAUCGCAGUAGAACACUGUUUUCAGCAGAACUGUUUUUCCCAUGAUGGCUUCAAUUGCUUACCUGCUAUUGUUUGGAUAAUGUCAUUCUUUUUGUUUCAGGUAAUCUCCAUCAAUACAUGACUCUAUGUGGCAUCAAUGUUUUAUUAAAUGAGCUCUAAUAAAAAUUAAACUCAAGUACA